UUACACUUUCAAGUCCCGACAGAAAGCCAGAAACCACACGAACCACUGUGUCACUCGUCAGCGUCCCUUAGCUUCUUGAAAACUCAAUGGCCAUGGCAGCACCUCCACUCCGUGUCCUCCUAGUCCCUCAAAAAUCAUUCCCUGUGUCCACUAAAUUUCCCUCGUUUUCUCUCUCACAACUGUCUAUACGACCCGUACGCACGAAAACGAUAGCAGCUCGGCACUCUGUGUCGGUCGCCACAACCAGCGCGUUGGAAGUCGAGCAGGCUCCACUCUCCGCGCCGUCCGCCAAAGUCUUGCCCUUCCGGGUCGGGCACGGGUUCGAUCUCCACCGGUUGGAGCCCGGGUACCCUCUGAUUAUCGGUGGGAUUAACAUACCCCACGACAGAGGCUGUGAGGCUCAUUCUGAUGGAGAUGUCUUGCUGCAUUGUGUGGUUGAUGCGAUUUUGGGUGCUUUGGGGCUUCCUGAUAUCGGACAGAUUUUCCCAGACAACGAUCCUAAGUGGAAGGGAGCGCCAUCCUCAGUUUUCGUCAAGGAAGCUGUCAGACUCAUGCAAGAGACUGGUUAUGAGCUUGGAAAUUUAGAUGCCACUUUAAUUCUUCAAAGACCAAAAGUGAGCCCGCACAAGGAGGCAAUCAAGGCAAACUUGUCCGCACUGCUUGGAGCAGACCCUUCUGUUGUAAAUCUGAAAGCAAAAACUCACGAGAAGGUUGACAGCCUUGGAGAGAAUAGGAGUAUUGCAGCUCAUACUGUGGUUCUUCUAAUGAGGCGAUAAAAAUUGGCCAAAAUAUAGUGUCUCAAAUGUAAGAAUUGUGCCUGAUUAGUAAUGUUGAAUACUGCUUACACAUCCAAUGGAUUGUUUGCCAAAACUAACAUAAUUGGUUGGAAUAGAAAUUUUGUGAUGUUAUGGCUUC